AUGUCUACGCCGCCGCUGCUGGAUCAACAGCCACCGCCUAUGGCGGUGACGCAGCAAGCGUACACGGCCCGUUCGGGUCACGGGUCGGUUGGGCCUGUUAUUGCAGUGCUGGCAGUGAUAAUUAUGCUUGGAGUGAUAGCGGGCAUGAUAGGGAGGUUGUGUUCGGGUCGUCGGGUCAUGGGUCGUGGAGAGUACGAUUUUGAAGGAUGGGUUGAAAGGAAAUGCUCUUCUUGUCUUGAUGGUAAUAUCGACCCGCACCCGACCCGUUCUGAAAUCCCAGUAGCGGAGCCGGUAGUAGUACAAGAGGCACCACCUCAAGAGAUUAAGGAACAAGAACAAGAACAAGAACGGAAGUCUCAUGGAGCACAACCAAGUAAUGAAUCUUGA